AUGUCUCACAUCCCGUCUCCCGGCAAUGCAUUCACUCCGGAGGUGCCUCCCAUGCGUCUCCCUCACCUGGAACACGAGUACCGCCUCAUUGCAGACAUGGGUAGCGGGUACGAAAUGCCGAACAUGCGCGGAACUGGUCUGACCCGUUCCGUCGGCAACAUUGCCGGAGGCACAGUGGCAGGGCCGAGAAUCACGGGCAAGGUGCUGGAGAACAGUGGAGCCGAUUGGGCGAUCAGGGUGCACUCGAAGAAAAUCUUUUACCAACUCGAUGCCCGAUACACCGUGCUCACAGACGACGGCCACUACAUCCUCGUCAACGCUAAGGGCAUAUUCAGUCUUGGUCCAGGAGUUCCAGAUACAGGGGAGGAAGAGCCGACGUGCUCGCAAGACGAAGUUGAGUAUUUCUCGCACCUGACGUACGAAGCACCGGGAGACAGCCCGUACAACUGGAUGAAUAGCAUUGUGGCAGUCGGCGUAAUGACUAUGUGGGAGAACAAAGUUGUUAUCGAUGCCUAUCGUCUGACCAAUUUUCCGGGAAAGGAGGCGGAGGAUGUGUACGUUGGGCGAUAA